UUCUGAGUUGUUUUUCGAAAAAAGCUGCUGCUGCAAAAGCUCGUUCUCGACGCCAAUAAAUUGCGAUUACCGGUAGAACGGGUCUCCACCUUGCGAGCGUUCAAAAACCCCCAGAGCAGCGCUUUGAGUCAUAACUUAUCUGGAGCUCAGCCGCAAAAUUGUUUUUCGACUUUUCUCAAUUCAUUUUGAACCGUAAAACUGGCAGCACGCAUCAUGUCCGCAGGCCGAGUCGUCAUCUACGGUGGCAAGGGAGCACUGGGCUCCGCAUGUGUCGAUCACUUCAAAGCCAACAACUACUGGGUCGGCAGCAUUGACUUGAGCGAGAACGACAAGGCCGAUGUGAGCAUUGUGGUGCCACGCGAUGGCAGCUGGUCCGAGCAGGAGGCCAUGGUGGUGGGCAAAGUGGGAGAAUCGCUCGCUGGCGAGAAGCUGGAUGCCGUGAUCUGCGUGGCCGGCGGCUGGGCUGGCGGCAAUGCCAAGAAGGAUCUGGCCAAGAACGCCGAACUCAUGUGGAAGCAGAGCGUGUGGACAUCCAGCAUCUCGGCGGCCGUUGCCGCUCAGCAUUUGAAGGAGUGCGGACUCUUGGCUCUGACUGGCGCCAAGCCUGCCUUGGAGGGCACUCCCGGCAUGAUUGGCUAUGGCAUGGCUAAGGCGGCUGUCCAUCAGCUCACACGUUCGCUUGCUGGCUCGAAUUCUGGUCUGCCAGGCGGCUCCCUGGUUGUCUCCAUCCUGCCCGUGACCCUGGACACGCCCAUGAACCGCAAAUGGAUGCCAGACGCAGACCAUGGCACUUGGACACCCCUCACGGAGGUGGCUGGUCUGCUCCUCAACUGGACUAAGGUCCAGGAGCGCCCAAAGAAUGGCUCCCUACUCCAGCUGAUCACCAAGAGCGGCACCACCGAGCUGAUAGCCGCAGAGUAGGAAGGAAAACCAACCCAAUCCCCCCUUACACUGAUGACUGCUCAAAACAUAAUCUCAAUGCUUUCGCUUGUACAUAAACUAUGAAUAAAUCGCUUGGCGGCUUUCGAUCGUU